GGAGGAGGAGGAGCAGAAGGGGUCUCAAGAAUGAAGAACUGGAUAUCACCAGCUUCACCCUCACUUCGUACUCCCAAAUUCUUCUUCCCCGUCUUCAUUUCACACUCUCAGUCUCUACCUUUCAUAUCCGCUGCCGCUGAGCAGCGAAAGGUACCUACUUCAGGACGCUCUUCAUCAAAAUCAAAGAAAACCCAAACUCCUACCCCCACUAUGGAGCAAACUGAAACUCCAACCAAGGAAUCUUCCAUUCCUAAGAAAAAGGUGCUGGUGCCAAUUGGGUUUGGGACAGAAGAAAUGGAAGCUGUAAUAAUGGUGGAUGUACUGCGGCGGGCUGGUGCAGGGGUGACUUUGGCAUCAGUGGAGCCGCAAUUGGAAGUUGAAGCUUCUGGAGGCACUAGGCUUGUUGCUGACACCCUAAUAUCCGACUGUUCCAAUGAAGUGUUUGAUCUCAUUGCACUUCCAGGUGGAAUGCCAGGUUCUGUGCGUUUCAGAGACAGUGAAGUUCUCAAGAAUAUAAUGAUCAAACAUGCUGAAGAGAAACGGCUAUACGGUGCCAUAUGUGCUGCUCCUGCAGUCACUCUUUUGCCUUGGGGUCUUCUUAGGAGGAAAAAGCUUUGUGUGGUUAGGUUACUUGUCAUCCUGCAUUUAUGGACAAGCUUCCUACCUUCUAUGCUGUAAAGACUAAUAUCCAAGUGUCCAGUGAGUUAACAACAAGCCGUGGUCCCGCUACAUCCUUUCAGUUCACUAUAUCUUUGGUGGAACAACUGUUUAGUGAAGCCGUUGCCAGAGAAGUAGGAGAAUUAUUGUUACUGAAUGUGAACGAUAAAGAUCCCAUAAAACAAGAAUUCAACGAGGUCCAAUGGUCUUUUGACCAUUCCCCCCUAGUUCUUAUACCAAUUGCAAAUGGCUGUGAAGAGAUUGAAGUUGUUACAGUUGUAGAUAUUUUAAGGCGCGCAAAGGUCAAUGUUGUGGUAGCUUCGGUACAAAAAUCUGCAGUAACAUUGGCAUCCAACGGCAUUAAGAUUGUGGCAGACAUGUUGAUUGACUGUGCUGCAGAGUCAACAUAUGACUUGAUUAUCUUGCCGGGAGGGGAUGUUGGAGUUAAAAGGUUACAAAGGUCAAGGACUCUGAAGAAGAUGCUGAAGGAGCAAGAAUUAGGUGGAAGAAUAUUUGGUGCGAUGUGCUCUUCGUCGCCCACUUUACUGCAGAAACAGGGCUUGCUCAAGGGAAAAAAAACUACUGCUCAUCCUUCCGUAAUAAGCAAGGUAGAUGAUGUGAUAGAAGGUGCCCGGGUAGUUGUUGACGGGAAGCUGAUCACAAGCCAAGGCCUUUCUGCUGCAAUAGAAUUCGGGCUGGCCAUUGUGAGCAAGUUUUUUGGGCAUGCAAGAGCAAGGAGUGUGGCAGAGGGUCUUGUUUACGAUUACCCCCGGAGCUUCUAAGAGUCUAUAUGCUAUAACUUUAGUAAAAACUGCAGUUAAGAAGAUGCACAAACAAGGGCAGUUGUUUUGAAAGAUGGGGGUAGGCAUAUCUUGUUCCAUCCCUUCCAUUGCUGACUGCAUUUUGUAGGACACUUUAAUGAAAGAAUGACCGUGCAUGUUGUUCGGCCUUGCACUUGAUAACUGCUCCAGGCUGCUGGAUGAGUGCUCUAAGUAUACUCCAAAUAAUCUGUUUUAGCUAUUUCAGUCGAGUCUGAUGUUUUUUUCCUAAUACUAUUCAGUUUUUUAAUGAUUCAACUAGUGUAAACAAAUUAGUCUUGAGAACUAAAAGAACGAUGAAAGAUCGCUGGGACAGCUGAAAUGUCUAUUUUGCAGGACACUUGCACCCAUGUAGAGAUUGGAGCACUGACUCCCUCGGUCCUAUUUUACUCGUCCUACUUUCUUUUUUGAUCUACAA